CUUGUAUACAAUGUAUAACGUGAAAUUCGGUCCAAUCCUUCCGGAGCAUGUUCAACCGCGGUCUAGCGGCACUCCCAGUUACGGAGGAUCACGUUUUGAUACAACAACUGUGUCAUCGUGUCAAAGUAGUAGCGCACAAACUUCAUUCCUGUUCUAGUACGAAGGUAUGUACAACAAUGGUUUUCAGAUAUGUAACUUUUACAGAUGCAUUGAACGCACAUAUUUAUGUAUGCGUUCGUGAGGAAUGGCAAUCUUUAUGUUACAUCCUCACUUUGCCAACACAGGUAAUACGCGGACACAUGACACGAACACCCACCGCCAAUGCUAAGAUCAUCCACCACGGGUGUUGCGGAACGGUUGUCCACGCUGCAAACCAACCAUCACGAUGGAACCCCCGUGACUCGUUCUACGUACCGACCAUCUUGGGGUGCCAAGGACCCCGGCGAAUCUUUCUGCGCAACAACGUAAUAUCUCCUGGGGUUUCAGGAACCCCGUCGAUUCGCUCUACAUAUCGACCAUCUUGGGGUGCCAAGGACCCCGGCGACUCUUUAUGCGCACCAACGAACCCCGGCGACUCGUUCUGCGUACCGACCUAUUAUCUUGGGGUGCCAAGGACCCCGCCGACACUUUCUGCGCACCAACGUAAUAUCUUCUUGGGGUGUCAAGGACCCCGGCGACUCAAUCUGCGUAAUGACAUAAUAUUAUCUUGGGGUGUCAAUGACCCCAGCGACUAUUUCUGCGCACCGACUUAAUAUUUUCAGAUGUCCUUUUUAACAGGUUAUACUGUACUAUUAUUGUAAGACUACACAUAUAACAUUUUUUUGCCUUGUAUUCGAGCAUACGUGCAACUUCUCAACGUCACUCACAGACAUGUUUCCACGUUAUUAAAAGGAAGGAUUUGCUGUAUUUAUCUUCUUAGCUUAUUGAAUAAACUCAUUAGGAGCAUGAA